AUGUCGGUGCUCCUCGAGACGUCGUUGGGCGAGAUUGUCAUCGACCUCGAGGUUGAUCGGUGUCCGCGGACGUGCGACAACUUUCUCAAACUCUGCAAGCUCAAGUACUAUGCGCUGAAUGCCUUCUUCAAUGUCUCAAAGGACUUUAUUGCGCAGACAGGUGAUCCCACAGCAACCGGAACGGGCGGCGAGUGCGUCGACGCCUUCCUCUACUCUAAGAAUCCAACUGGAUCUCAACCAGCCCGAUACUUUGCCCCAGAGAUUACGACCAAGCUCAAACACAAGGCCAAGGGGACCGUUAGUAUGGCCGUUGCGCCUACUGAUCCCCCGGGUUGCGGGAGCCAGUUCUUCAUCACUCUUGCGGAUAAUAUCGAUUAUCUGGAUGGCAAGCAUGCUGUUUUCGGGCAUGUUGUCGAGGGACUCGAGACGCUCGAUAAGAUCAACGACGCGUAUCUUGACAAAGAGGGGCGGCCGCUGCAGGAUAUCCGUAUCCGCCAUGUUGAGAUUCUUGAGGACCCAUUCGAGGACCCGCCCAACAUGAUCCCCGUUCCCGAUUCGCCUCUCCGCCCUCCCGACGGGAUGGUGCGCAUCGCCGAUGACGAGGACGCCUUGGCCCAGGUCGACGAGGACGCGACCGCCGAGCGCGCGCGCGCAACCGCCGCCUCCUCCUCUGCUCUAACCCUAGAAAUGAUCGGCGACCUUCCGUUCGCCGCCGUCCGCCCUCCGGAGAACAUCCUCUUCGUGUGCAAGCUCAAUCCCGUUACCCAGGACGACGACCUCGAGCUCAUCUUCUCUCGUUUCGGCAAGAUUCUCAGCUGCGAGAUUGUGCGCGACAAGAAGACGGGCGACUCUUUGCAAUACGCAUUCAUCGAGUACGACUUGCAGGACAGCGCCGAGCAGGCCUACUUCAAGAUGCAGAAUGUGCUGGUUGACGACCGGCGUAUCUGGGUCGACUUUAGCCAGAGCGUCGCCAAGAUGAAGGGGGCUUAUCGGCCUGGUAUGGCGCCGGAUGGUGGAAGGGGUGGGAGGGGAGGAAGGGGUGGUCGCGGUGGGUUCGGAGGGAGAGGAGGGUUUGAGCGGACACGUGACUCGGGGUACGGGAGUAAGGGAUACGAUGUGGUUGUGGACGCCCCAAGGCAACGCAGUUUGAGCCCACGGCGGGACCGCGAUGACAGGCGCGACAGGAGAGACGACCGCGAUGACAGGCGCGACAGGAGAGACGAUCGCGAUGACAGGCGCGACAGGGACUCUGAACGCGAUGACAGGCGCGACAGGGACUCUGAACGCCGCGACCGCAAUCGCGACAACCGCAGGGACCAUGAUCGUGAUCGCGACUACCGUGAUCGCGACCGUGAGCGGGACAGGAGGGACCGUGAUCGUGACCGCGACCGCGACCGCGACCGCCGCCGAUAG